UGUUUUUAUUAAAUAAAUAAUAUUGUAAAAAAAAGAAAUAUUUAUUAAAUAAAUAUUAAUUUACAUUAAAUAUUAAAACUGUGUAAAAGCGAAAGAAAUUUUUUCUAUGCAAACAAAAAAAAGUUUUAUACAAUUAUUCAAAUAAUUAGCAAAACAAAUAAAGAGUUAAUUGUGUAAUAACGAAAAAAAAAAUAUCAGCAAAUAAAAACGUUAAGUACUAAAUAAUAAACUAUUGGUGUGAAAAAUAAAUACAAAAAAAAACAAUUUAAAACUAUUAAAGAAAAAAACGACAAAUUUCAUCAUAAAAAAGGAUUUAAAACAAUUUUGUAAAAGAUUAUCAAUUAUUUGCAACAUCCUUGUGUAAGGAUAAUAGCAACAGCAACAACGACGUCGACAACUUAAUAUUAUAAUACAGCAACAACAACUAGGACAACAACUACAACAGCAAGAGUAUUUAACAUGAUUAAUGAAAUGGCAACAAUACAAACAGACCUUAAAUUGGAGAAUCACAUAAAGGAUUUUGCGACAACUCUUAAACACAAUAACAACAACAACAAUACAACACACACAUUAGCAGCAGCAACAACAAUGAAAACAGGAGCACUGACUUUUACAACAACAACAACACAACCAUUAACAAAUAUUGAUACCAAAAAUAUAAUGGACACCGUAAAGGAAUCACCCAUGCAAAUGUUUUAUAAGGAUAAAGGUGUUUUCCUGACUGGUGGCACAGGGUUUUUUGGUAAAAUUAUAAUUGAAAAACUUUUACGAGUCACCGAUGUUGGCCAAAUAUUUCUACUCAUACGCACUAAAAAGGGUAAAGAUGUCCAAUCCCGUCUCGAUGAUAUUUUCAAUGAUCCAGUUUUUCAACUUUUAAAAAAGAGCAAUCCAACAUAUCGUGAAAAAAUCACCCUCAUCUCCGGAGAUGUAUCACAACUGGGUUUGGGCAUCUCCAUGGAAGAUCGUGAGCUCCUCAAGGAUAAUGUGAAUAUUGUUAUACAUGGUGCUGCUACCGUGCGUUUCGAUGAGAAACUGAAAAUGGCCAUUGCCAUUAAUGUCAAUGGCACCAAGGAGAUUUUGAGAUUGGCCAAGGAAAUUGUGCACCUCAAGGCUGUGGUGCAUGUUUCGACAGCAUUUGCUCACUGCAAUCGUCGUUAUAUACAAGAGAAAUUCUACAAUUCACCUUUGUCGGGUGAUAAUGCCUGCAAAUUGGGAGAAUGUUUGGAUGAGCAGACUCUGAAUUUGCUAACGCCCACCAUUAUUAAAGGAUUCCCGAAUACGUACACAUUUACGAAAGUGUUGGCCGAGGAUAUAGUGCAGAAUUAUGCAGGAAAUUUGCCAGUGACCAUAUUCCGUCCGGGUAUAGUUAUUACCACCUACCGCGAACCCAUUACCGGCUGGAUAGACAACAUGUAUGGACCUUGCGGCAUUAUUGUGGGCGUGGGCUCGGGUGUUUUACGUGUGUUUAGCGGCAAUGUGGACAACAAGGCCCAAUUAGUGCCUGUGGAUUUGUGUGUGAAUGCCUUGUUAACUAGUGCCUGGGACAUUGCUAGAAAUACUUAUGACAACACACCCAUUUAUAAUUAUGUACCGGAUGCCAACAAUAUGUCAACAUGGCGUGAAUACAUUACAUUUGGUACAGAAUGUGGUAAAAGCUUGCCGUUACGCAAAUCGAUUUGGUAUCCACGUUUUACGAUUGUUCCCACAAAAUUUCAAUUUUAUAUAUUGGCAUUUUUCUAUCAUACAUUACCCGCCCUCUUUAUGGACAUGUUACUGCUGGUGAUUGGUAAAAAGCCCAGAAUGUUAAAAAUUUAUCGCAAAAUCCACAAAUUCUGCUCACUGAUGGAAUAUUUUUCGGCAAAUGAUUUCAAAUUCGACAAUGACAAUGUGCGAGCACUCUCCAGUAAAUUGGAAUCAGCGGAUAAACAUUUGUUUGCAUUCGAUAUGCGCAAUCUAAACUGGACCGAAGUGUUUCAAUUGAGUUUGGUGGGUGUACGCCAGUAUGUGGUUAAAGAUGAUCCCAGCACAAUACCAGAAUCAAUAAAACGUCAUGAACGCUUAAAGAUUUUACACUACAGCACUCUGUUUGCGGUCUACACUUUGGCGUUUGUGCUGCUGUAUCAAGUGUUUAAAUUUUUGUUUUUGUAAAAGUGAUUUUGGGAAAUUUUUCAUUUAAAAAAAUAUAUAUUUCUCUGUACAAGUGUGUGAGUGUUACUUUGAAGAUUAUGAUUCUGAUUUAUUAUUAUUUUUACUUUACUUUAUUUUAUUUUUAUUUUUUGAUUUCUGUAUAGUAAAUAAUAAUUUGUAUGUAUGUACUUAUUUACCAAAAGUUAUUUAUAGUUUUAUAAAAAUUUAACAUACAAAAAUAUAAAUAUGUCUACUUUAUUAAGGGUAUUCAUUUUAACGAGUGUUUGAGUAAAAUAUUUUAAAAAUACUCGUUAUUUGUUUAAUCCUUUAUUAUUUUUUAGUUACUAUUUGGUUUCAUUUUAGUUCAUUUCAGUUCCAAAUUUUAUGUUUCAAAAUUCUAUAUUUUUUUUUACUUUUAGUUCUUUAGUUUUAUGUUCUUUUUGUUAAAAAGAAAACUUUUAAUUUUUACUAAUUGUUUAAGUAAUAAUUUUUUUAUUAUUAUGGGUAAAGUCAAGUAAAUAUUUUUUUAAAAAUAAAAAUUACUAUAAAAAAAACCAGUGAAAA